AUAUACUGUUAUAUUGUCCCCCGUUCUCCCUCGAACUGGAAGAAGCCCUUGAUUGAACUUCCUCACCCAUCACUGCCCGACACAAUCCGGGAAUACAGAACUUUGUACUCGAGGGACGAGACGACACUGAUCACACAUUUCCACCAUGGGAGGUUUACUUACAAAAGUCGUCAAGAACGAUGCCAUGAAAAAUGAUCCCCCAGAGAUCUACAACUGGAGGGUCUACGUUCUUUCGUGCUCAGCUUGUUUUGCUGGUGCGUUGUUCGGUAUGGACACCGGUAUCAUCGGAGGUGUCCUGAAGAUGGACACCUUCCGGAAGAAAUUCGGGUUACAGGACCUCAGUCCAGUUGCUGGGGCCGAUCUGGAAGCCAAUAUCGUCUCGACUCUACAAGCCGGAUGUUUCUUUGGAGCUCUCGUGGCCUAUUGGUUCGCCGAUAAGUAUGGUCGAAGGGCCUCUCUUUUCGGCUGUGCCUGUAUCGCCAUCAUCGGAACAACUAUGCAAGCUGCAUCGAACGGAAUCCUCUCAGUCAUGUAUAUCGGCCGUCUCAUCACCGGAUUCGCUGUCGGUGCUGCAUCCAUGUUGAACCCUCUGUACACUUCCGAGAAUGCCCCUCGAGCCAUCCGUGGUGCUUUGACCGGAAUGUACCAGUUCUUUAUCGUCAGUGGUAUCUGUAUCGCCUUCUGGAUCAACUACGGCAACCUCCUGCACCAAACCGGUGACAGGCAGUUCGUCAUUUCCCUCGCGCUUCAAGGCCUUCCCGCCGUCUGUCUCGGUGUCGGCAUGUUGGUUAGCAACGAGUCACCUCGAUGGCUUGCACGCAGCGACCAAUGGGAGAAGGCGGCCACCACUCUGGCCAGGGUCCGCAACCUCCCCGUCGACCACCCCUACGUCCAGAGCGAGUUGGCCGAGAUCCGUGAGCACCUCGAGAUGGAGCAGCGCCUCGUCGCCGGCGCCGGCUUCUGGGACCUGCAGAAGGAGAUGUGGGGUGUCCGUGGAAACCGAAACCGUGCCCUCCUAUCGAUCGGUCUCAUGAUCUGCCAGCAGAUGACUGGAACCAACGCCAUCAACUACUACGCUCCUCAGAUCUUUGCCAAUCUCGGACUCAACUCUACCGAAACCGGUCUCUUCGCCACGGGUAUCUACGGUAUCGUCAAGAUGGUAACCUGCGCAACAUUCCUGAUCUUCGUCGCGGACACUCUCGGUCGCCGGAAGUCGCUCCUCUGGACCUCGAUCGCGCAGGGCCUGUCCAUGUACUACAUUGGCUUCUACGUGCGCUUCGACCCGCCAGUCAAGGGUGCCGAUGUGCCUCCUGCCGGUUACAUCGCCAUCGUCAUGAUCUUCCUCUUCGCCUCGUUCUUCCAGUUCGGAUGGGGCCCUGUCUGCUGGAUCUACGUGUCUGAAAUCCCCAGCGCCCGCCUCAGAGCUAUGAACGUCGGUAUUGCCGCCGCUACCCAAUGGCUCUUCAACUUCGUUGUCGCCAGGGCUACGCCGAACAUGAUGGUCAGCGUUGGAAAGGGCGGUUACGGUACCUACUUCAUAUACGGGUCCUUCUGUUUCGGCAUGUUCUUCUUCGCCUACUUCUUCGUUCCUGAGACCAAGGGCAUGUCGCUCGAGGAGAUGGACAACAUCUUCGGCGUGAUCGAGCAAGGAAAGUUCAUGGACGAGGAGGCGACGCCGAACUCGCCACGGGUUGCGGCGGUCGAGCUCGGCGAGGACGGAAAGACCGCUACUGGUACCACCGUACUGCAGGCCGCGGAAAAGAACUAGGAUGCGUUAUGUACGCACGCACGUGGGGAU